CAGGACGCGCUGCCAACGCUGGAUAGAACAGGCAGGAGCCAGAGGAGUGGCUGUCUGGACUGCAGGACAGUUGCCGGCCAGGUGAGCAGGCAGGUGGACAAGGCAGGCUCGUGGCACCGGACCAGAGCCCGGUCAGCCGAGUGGGAGUCCUUCCUCGAACUCUCCCCCGGCCAAUUGCCCAGCGCCCGACCCUCCAUGGAUGCUGUGGACACCACCGUGGAGAAGCUCCGGGCACAGUGCCUGUCCCGAGGGGCCUUGGGCAUCCAGGGCCUGGCCAGGUUUUUCCGCCGCCUGGACCGGGACAGGAGCCGGACCCUGGACUCGGGGGAACUCCAGCGGGGCCUGGCUGAGCUGGGGCUGGUGCUGGACGCGGCUGAAGCAGAGGGCGUGUGCAGGCGCUGGGACCGUGAUGGCAGCGGGACGCUCGACCUGGAGGAGUUCCUGAGGGCACUGCGGCCCCCCAUGUCCCCAGCUCGGGAGGCGGUCAUUGCAGCUGCCUUUGCCAAGCUGGACCGCAGCGGGGAUGGUGUGGUGACCGUGGACGACCUCCGGGGAGUGUACAGUGGCCGCGCCCACCCCAAAGUGCGAAGUGGGGAGUGGACCGAGGAGGAGGCGCUCCACCGCUUCCUGGACAACUUCGACUCCUCCGAGAAGGACGGGCAGGUCACGCUGGCUGAAUUCCAGGACUACUACAGCGGCAUAAGCACCUCCAUGGACACAGAUGAGGAGUUUGUGGCCAUGAUGACCAGUGCCUGGCAGCUGUGAGCCGGGUACACUUGCUCAGCAACCCCCCCUCAGCAACCCCAGAGCAUAGGCCCCCACCCUGGCCCCCUGGGGUCUUAGGACCCCAGGGAGCAAGGCCGUCUCCGUCCAGGCUAUGCAGACCUUGGGCCUCACAGAGCAAGCUGCAGCUGCCUGCCCCCCCCCCCCACCCUGAGCCAGCCCACCCCUGGGCAGGGAAGCAAACAGCCUUUCUGUGAAGCAAAGCUCAGCGUGGAGCCGGCCAGUCUUGGAAAGCAGCCAAGUUUAGUCACCUGCCCAGAGUUGGGGUGUGGGGUGUGGGGCAGGGGCUCGGGGCCUGCAGACAGGCCAGGCGGCUCGGAGAGGUGGACGCUGUUCCUGGCCGGGCUGUCCGGCUUCCUGAGGCCCCUGGGGCAUGCAGGAGGCCAGGGUUUUAGUUAAAAGUUUUAAUGUAGUUCCCAAAUACAUUUCAUAUGACAAUCUUACAUAAAUGUUCCAAAACACA